CUAAAGAAGAAGAAGCAGAGACAUGACCGGAGAAGAACUAGCAGGCCCACCAGCGCCAAAGCUGCUUCGUCUGCUCUAUUUCGUCGGCGCAGGCUUUAUUUGCACUGUUGGGGUUAACAAAUGGCGUGAGCUCCAGCGCAAGUCAUUGAAUUUGGAGCAGCAGAAGCAGCAGCAGCUAGCCCAAAAUGCCGCAAAUGCCCUUGAAUGAUCUCUCAGGUGUUUUUUUUUGCUUUGAAAUUGGUGAUGGGGAUGAUAAGAACUGUAGUGAUUGGGAUGUAAUUUUGAAUAUUUUGGGUUGCAAUUUUUGCAUCUCUUGGAAUUUUAGUUAAGGCCAUAGAGUUUGUGGAAUAAGCUUGAGCUUGAGCUUCAUUGAGUUGCUAUGUCCUGCUCUAGAUGAGCUCAAGUUAGAGUUUUAGAAUGGUGCUGAAUGUUGGAUUAGCUUGGCAGUGUUGGUGAUUUGGUGAACCAGAUGUUUGUAAUUUGGUUAUUAAAAUUAUACAGCAAAAAAGAGCACAAAUGAUUUGUUUCUUAA